CAGAAGAGUACUGACAUUCCCUGACCGGGAAUCGAACCCGGGCCGCGGCGGUGAGAGCGCCGAAUCCUGACCACUAGACCACCAGGGACGCUACAGCGACACUUGACUGCAUAGCUGAAAGAUCACUCCCUGUAGCGCAACAAGCUUGCAAAGCCCCAUGAACACCUCUUCUAUUUCUUGUCUCUCCGCAGGAAUCACGUUAUGGGACGGCGAGACGCUGCAGAAAGACAUCGACGUGCGUCCUCAGCCGAACACCGAUUUCCAGAUCAUUGCGUCCGACUCCACGGAGGACAAGGCGUCCGCUCUGAAUGUGGAGGCCUCCCUGGAGGCGAACUUCCUCUGUGGGCUGGUCUCGGUGAAGGGCUCGGCGAGUUACCUGAACGACAAGAAGACCUCGAAGAAGCAGUCGCAGGUCACCCUGCAGUACCGCACCACCACGCGCUUCGAGCAGCUCAGCAUGGACCGAUGAGGAGCCGGAAACGUGCAGCACAGCAACAUCUUCCAGGAGGGGUCGGCCACGCACGUCGUCACGGCGGUGCUGUACGGCGCGCAGGCCUUCUUCGUCUUCGACCGGGAGGUUUCGGCAGAGGAGAAGCAGCAGGACGUCCAGAGCAGUCUGCACGCGGCAAUAAAGAUGAUCCCGUGUGUGUCGAUCGAAGGCGAAGCCUCCCUCAGAAUGACGGACGAGGAACGGCAGCAGGCGGACAAGUUCAACUGCAAAUUCUACGGGGAUUUUGCUCUGGAAAAGAAUCCGUUGACGUUCCAAGACGCCAUCAAGGUCUAUUCAUCUCUCCCACACCUGCAUCGG